GUUGAGUCAAGUCCACUUUUCAAAUCAAAUCAAGAGAGAGAACACACAAACACAUCUCUCUCUCUCUCUCUAAAACUAUUUUUUCAUCUCUUCUAGAUUUUCUCUCCGAUUCGUCGCCCCAAAUUUUAGGGUUUUUACUUUUCGUCCUCUAUACUCGUAGAUCUUGGUGUAACAGUAUUGCAUAAGUUUCAUGUCCUCUUCUGCCAUGCGGGCGAAUUCAUCUGAUUCGUCUCCUCCGGAACAGUCAUUAGACAGGGAAUCACAGUCUGAUGAAGUUCUUAGUGAGGAAGAAGAUGAUGCAAGCAAAGAAACACAAAAUGUUUCGUCUUUCCGUUCAGAUAAAAAUUAUCAGCAGCAGGGAGUACCAAAUAUCCUUCCAAAUAAUGGCGAAACCGUAGGGCAGGUCCCACAACUAGAACUUGUCGGUCACACUAUUGCCUGUGCUCCAAAUCCUUAUUGUGAUCCAUAUUAUGGUGGAAUGAUGGCAGCUUAUGGUCAGCCUUUUGUUCAUCCUCAGUUUCUUGAGCAAGCAAGGAUGCCUUUGCCACUUGAAAUGGCGCAAGAGCCUGUUUACGUGAAUGCCAAACAAUACCAUGCGAUAUUAAGGCGAAGGCAAUCCCGUGCAAAAGCAGAGCUUGAGAAGAAACUUAUAAAAGACAGAAAGCCUUAUCUUCAUGAAUCACGGCAUCAGCAUGCUUUGAGAAGGGUAAGGGGCACCGGUGGUCGUUUUGCAAAGAAAACUGACGUUAAUAAGAACACAACAGGUUCGGGUUCAGGUUCUGCCAUGUCAUCAUCCCAGUCGGUGAAUUCAAACCGGGUGCACUCAGAAUCUGCCGAGAGUUUGGACACACCAAGGGGUGGAUUGGUAAAUUCACUCAAUACUCACACGUAUCUUGAUAACGGAGGUUCCUUAGGCCAGCAGUGGAUAAACAUUUCAUCUAACCAAUCUUCACAGAGGGCUGUUGCCAUGAAGUGAUGUCGAGUGUUUAACACCCUUUGUGUCUAUCCGUGGCUUCUAAGCUGGCCGGCAAAUCAUUCUUGGCUCAUGUUAAUAUGAGGGACAAACAGGUAAAUGUACCUUUUGGUUACCUCUUUGGUUUUACUUUCAGGAUUUCUUUCUUCAGAACCGAUGUUAUGUACAAAGUUUGCUUUUGGGGAUAGAAGAAUUGAUUGGUUGGGUUGGGUUUGUGUGUUCUUUUCUGAAUGUUUGGUAUAUUUGGAGGUGAAGCAUGGAGUUUAAGAUGUGCUCAUGUCUAUCGUCUAAUUGUAGGGGCAUAUAGUGCUCCACAGCCUCCAGCACAUGUGUAAUGUUGUGUUGUGGCUGUUGAAAAUUGGAGCUUCAUAUUUACUGUUUUGCAUAUAUUUUGUGUCAUGUUC